GGGAGGGAGGGAGAAAAGGAGAAAGGGAGGAGAGAGAGUCCGGCUUUAAGCGCCGCUGCCUGCCUUGCCCGGUUCACCUGGAGCGGAUCCCCGUGCCCUGGUCUCUGUGUGUGUAUCCGCGCCACCUCCUGGUCAACUGCUCCACGUUGGCAAACAAGUGCAGGCAAGGAGGCGGCGGCAGCGGCGGCUGCGGUCCCGGGGGCUCGCUGGCUCGCUCUUUAUUUUAUUACUAUGAUAGACCGACAUUAACCCUUCCCACCUCCCCCCUCCCUCUCUCUCUCUCCCCCUACUCCCUCUCUCUCUGUCUCUCUCUACCACACACACACACAAUCUCACACACACACACACACACACAGCAAGCAGCUCCGAGCGCCGACGGCAGCCACGGCGGGGAUGGCUGUACGAGACGCCUUGCAAGCGAUCCUGUGCUGCCUUGUGGCCGUUACCGUUGCCGUUGCCUGGGCGGAGAUCUCCAAGGAAGGAGGAGGUUGCAAGGUGAAGACGGUCACCGUGUCCACCCUGCCCGUGUUGCGGGAGAACGACAUCAGCUUCCACGGGGCGCUGGCGGCCGAGUCCAAGCUUUACCUGUUUGUCCGCAACGACCUGCCGGGCGAGAUCUCGGUAGCGGAUGACCUGGAGAAUACGGAGCUGCCGUACUUCACCCUGGAGUUGACCGGCACGGUGGCGCAGCAGGAGAUGGACUCCCUGCCAAAGAGCAGGUCCGAGGCUUUCAAGGCGAAUGAUUCUCUACUGUGCAUGAAGGCCAAGAAUGAUCUCAGCGAGGUUAUCGUGUGA